GCCCUUCCUCCCGCGCCUCUUGGCUCCGCCCCUUCGUGGGGUCACGUGAUAGCUCCCCGCGUGACCGUGCCUCAUCGCCGGCGAAAUGGAGGCGCCCGGCCAGGUGGUCGUCAUGGCAACCGUACUGCUUUGGGGGGUCUCGCCAGCCGCUUUCAGGACCCUCCAGACGGGCUUUGAAGAGAAAUAUUUCGAUCAGUGGCUGGAUCACUUCAAUUUCGAAAGCUACAGCAACAGGACUUUCCCCCAGAGAUACCUCAUCACAGAUAAAUUUUGGAAAAGAGGAAACGGACCCAUCUUUUUUUACACCGGCAAUGAAGGAGACGUCUGGAACUUUGCUGAGAACUGCGGCUUCAUCCUGGAACUCGCCGGGCAGCAGGGCGCUUUGGUGGUAUUUGCGGAGCAUCGGUACUAUGGGAAGUCCCUCCCGUUCGGAGCCGCCUCGCUACAGAGGGAGAACGCAGGCCUGCUGAGCGUGGAACAAGCCUUAGCCGACUACGCCGUCCUUAUUGCAGCACUGAAGGAACAGUAUGGUGCGCAGGAUGCGCCGGUCAUUGCUUUUGGAGGCAGUUACGGCGGGAUGCUCAGCGCAUACCUGAGGAUGAAGUACCCCAAUGUUGUCGACGGCGCACUGGCCGCCAGCGCCCCUGUGCUGUCCGUGGCCGGGAUCGGCGGCUCCAGCCAAUUCUUUCGGGAUGUCACCGCAGAUUUCCAGAACUACAACCUGGCCUGUGCUCAAGGUGUGCGAGACGCCUUUCGGCAGAUCCAAGACCUGUAUUCAGCUGGAGCGUACGAGGAAAUUAGCCGCAGAAUGUCUACUUGCGAGAAGCUUUCUUCCAAGGAAGACAUCUACCAGCUGUUUGAGUUUUCCCGGAAUGCCUUCACCAUGAUCGCCAUGAUGGACUACCCCUACAAGACGGAUUUCAUGGGCCACUUCCCGGCCAACCCUGUCAAGGUUGGGUGUGAGCUGAUGCUGGCCAACAAGGACCUGGUCAGAGGCCUGGCAGCCCUUUGUGGGCUGUUCUAUAACUCCACCGGGACUGUUCCAUGUUUCGACAUUUACAAGGAAUACCGGAAGUGCGCCGACCCAACCGGCUGCGGGACAGGCUCCGAUGCGGAUGCGUGGGAUUAUCAGGCCUGCACCGAGAUCAACUUGACCUUUGACAGCAACAACGUGACGGACAUGUUUCCGGAGAUCCCCUUCACGGAGGCCGACAGGGAUUCCUACUGUUUCCGUCGGUGGGGCGUCCACCCGAGGCCCUCUUGGCUGGACACAAGCUUCUGGGGCAGCAAUCUGGCCGCUGCAAGCAACAUCGUCUUCUCCAACGGAGACCUGGAUCCCUGGGCAGGCGGCGGAAUCAGAAAGAACCUGAGCUCCUCAUUGAUCGCAAUCACAAUUUCAGGAGGUGCCCAUCACUUGGACCUUCGGGCUUCCAACCCGGCAGAUCCACCCUCCGUCCGCGAGGCUCGCCUCCAGGAAGCAAGCCUCAUCCUCGACUGGGUGAGAUCAGCCUCCGCCAGCAGGAAAGGGCCACUGGGAGCCUAAACAAGACAGGAGCCCAAGGUGCCAUGUUGGGAUGCUGUUGCAGAAGGGAGAAAAGGCACAAUCCAAGCCCUCCUGACAGACAGCCAUCCAGCCUCUGCUUGAAAGCCUCCAAAGAAAGCUGGUUGGACUCUCAGGCAACAACACUAACGGUCAGGAAGCUCUUCCUAAUGCUAAGGCAGAAUCUCUUUUCCUGACAUUUGAAUCCAUUGUUCAAAUGCAGAGCAACGUGUCCUGCUGGAGCAGUGACACAAUUGUGCCAAGCAGUUUUGUGCCAAAAUAAAAGGGAAGAGGAUGCCUCAGGA